CUCACCAAAAGCACACAACUCUUGCAUGACCAGUUUUAAUAGUUGAAAAAGCUAAGAGCCCUACUAGUAUCGCAAAGAGAAAAGUUAUAGAUAGCAAUGGCAAAGCUCCUAAGCAUAAUGUUGGUCCUUGCCAUUGUAGCAGUAACCGUAUUUGCUGACGAAUGCGAGAAGGACCGAAUAGACAUGAAACGGGAGUGUCGGCGGUACCAUACAUGGCCAGCUGAGCCAAAACUCAUCCCAUCAGAGGCGUGUUGCGCCGUGUGGCAGAGAGCAAAUGUCCCUUGCCUUUGCAAAGAUGUCAACAAGGAUAAAAUGAAGGUAUUAUGCAUGGAUAAGGUUGUGUUUGUCGCCAAGUAUUGCAAGAGGCCAUUCACGCCUGGAUCCAAGUGUGGAAUCUAUACCAUUCCUAAUCAUGCUUGAUGCUGUCUGGAUACUACAAGGAGAAACAAUGGAUUUAGUUCAUUUUUUCUGCGUUCACUAUAACUUCCUUCUAAGAUCGAGAAUGUGUGGCUUGGGCUGAGAAAUGUUUGUGCUGAACAAACUUUGUAAAAAUAAUUUGAAAUUAUAAUAAUAUUUUCUCCUCUUAUGCCA